GUAAAGGUUGGGUGCCGCCGCAGCCAUUUUGCGGAAUGGGAGGCGCGGUUUGCUGACUUCUGCGUCCCGGGGUGUCGCGGCGCCCAUCGGCCUGAGAUCUCUGCGCCUUCCCCAGCUCAGUCUUUUCCUGUGGCGCUCAGACUCCUGAACUUUCUCCGCAACUAGGCCACUUUCCCUGCGUGUUGUCCUUUUGACCUCCUAACCUCUGACUCAAAGGUCAGCUCAAAGGUUGCGAACUUCGGGCCUGGGAUGUGAGGGCUGGACCAAGCCUGAAUUUUACCCAGUGUUUAGCCCUGGGCUAAAGACGAAGCCAUCUGAGGCUUCGUUUCCCAAAUUGGCCCCUAAAAUUCCAUAUGUGGCCCCGGAUAAUAAAUUACUAAUCUUUAUACUUGAACCUGGUGAUGCGAUCUUAUAGCACAAAUCUGGUUCCGCAUUGAAGAACCCCGUCUUGCUAACACUCGGAUUCCUCCUUGAGUCAACUGCAAUCCCGACCCCUGUGUCUAUGUGUUAGCCCAGGUUCUUUCAGUCCUGAUUACCCCCGUAAUUUGGAACUCAGCUCUAAAACUUUCAAGAUCUCCAUCCCCCCAGACCAACUCAUUUUGGAGAAUCCUUCCCACUCUAUUCGGUACCUUCCUGCCCAUGCCCUAGAUGCCAAAAUGAUUUCUCCUUGUUCCUCUCCUCCCCUAGAACCUACUCCAGAAACCCCUGCACCCCAGGGUCUCAUGAUUCCUCCUCCCGAACACCCAAAUUUCCCAGACUUAGCUUUUCCAACCCCUCCCUCCAGUCUCCAGGCCCCUACUCCCCCACCACCCCCUCUGCCACCUCCUGCCCCUGUCCUAGGGGCUGCUCCCCCUCAUGUCUUUGGCCUGGAGAAGAGUCGGCUCCUGAAGGAGGCCUUGGAGAAGGCUGGCCGAAUCCCCAGUUGCAAAGAGGACGUGAAGAGGCUCCUGAAGCUACAGAAGGACCGUUUCAGGAGUGACUUGCGGUGGAUCCUCUUCUGUGCCGACCUGCCCUCCCUCAUCCAAGAAGGCCCUCAAUGCGGGCUUGUGGCGCUGUGCAUGGCAGGCCCUCUCCUGUUGCCCCCCAAUGGCGUCCCCCUGGAGAGAAUCGUGCAGGUGGCGUUGGAGCAAGGCUACACGGCCCAUGGGGAGAUGUUCUCAGCAGCCAACAUGGGCACGCUGGCCCAGGAGGUGCUGGGCUGCCAUGCCGAGCUGCUCUGCGGCGGCCUGGGCAGUCCCAACAGAGACCGUGUCCUAUGGCACCUGGUCGCCGGACAUCCCCUGCUCAUCCCCUACGACGAGGACUUCAACCAUGAGCCGUGUCAGAGGAGGGGCCACAAGGCCCACUGGGCAGUGUGUGCAGGGGUCCUGCUGGGUGUGCCAGAUGUGCCAAGCCUUGGCUAUGCUGAGGACCCUGAGCUCCCAGGCCUGUUCCACCCAGUGCCCAGCACAGCCCGCCAGCCACCAUUGCUGCCAGAGGAGGGGUCCCUGGGAGCCACCUACCUCCUCUCCAAGCAGGGCAUGAGCUGGCACUACCAGCUGUGGGACUACGACCAGGUCCGGGAUAGCAACCUACAGCUGACAGACUUCUCGCCUUCCAGGGCUGCUGAUGGCCGGGAGUAUGUGGUGCCCGCCGGCGGGGUGAGGGCUGGCCUCUGCGGCCAGGUCCUGCUCCUCACACCACAGGCCCAGGCCAUAGCCUGACUCUCACCAUUUGAAAAGUGCUUUUCAGCAGCCUGCAGAUUUGGCUGGAUCGCAAAGGACCUCCAACCAGAGACUCUUCACAGAGGGCCCCCCACCCCAGCCCAGCCCGUCUCCACCAGGGCAUCAGCUCUGUGCCGCCCACGUCCCUGUAUUAAGCACCACUGUGUCAGGCUGGGGUUCUAGCAAGGAGACUGCCAGUAGUUCAGACCCCAAGUCGUGUCCAUCAUGGCCACCACCCUCUUCGAAACCACUGUGUUCUCUGGACAUCUGCAAGAGCCCCCUCAGUGCAACCCUGCUGCCUGCCCGCCCCGCCCCCACCCCCGCAACUUCUGUUCACACGGGCAAACCACAAAGUUGUACACCCGAAACUUAUGGGUCAAAAUUUUUUUUGUAUGGGGUUCUUUAAAAAUGGAGAGAAGUCACAUUCUACAAUAGGAGCUAUUGUCUGUCCAAUUUAAGCAAAUUAAAGACAAUUUAGAAGACAAGCCUAGGUCUCACUACCCACCAGAGAAGCUUCCAGCAGCUGUCGCUGCUCUAAAAUCAGGUCUGAACUCUUGGUCUCUUCCCCCACUUCACCACUCCUUACUCCCCCAGGAUAGCCUUCCUCCUGCUUUCUGCCUGCCAGCCAUCUGGCCUCCCAGGUCCCCCCUGGAGCCCUCUGCUGAGGAGAGUCCUAACUUUUCUUUUGGGGCAUUAUAACUUCCUGGAGAUUCCCACAACCCCACACCGGGCGCCUCCCACACCUGUAUUCUCUCCCUCAAAACAGAAAGUGAAUGCACCUGAGAGGUGUGUGUCAUGCCUUUCCACUUAUUAACUCAUCUGCCAUAUCUUGCAUCUCUAAGGGAGGAACCAGAUCCCAUUUGACAGAUGAAGAGACAGGCUGGGGACAUGCAGUGACUAAGGUCACAUGGUGGGCAAGUGACAGGGUCAGGAUUCAAAAUAGGCAUUUAGUACCUACAUGGUGGGGGGGGGUGCGUGUAGAGAUGAUUAGUGUCAUGGACUACUGUUGUCUCCACUGACGGGAGGAGCAGCUGUGUCUGGGUUGUGGCUUUGUUCCCAUUGUUCAAAAAGGGACUUAUUUAAACAGACUUGUACAAUGUAGUACUAAUGAGAAGCGGAUUGAGUCCCAUUCUGGCCCUGACGCUCCACCGGCAUCCCCCACCCCCGCCUGGACCCCUAGCCCAGCCCUGGCAAUGUCUGGUGCACAAUCCUGGAAGGCGCUAAGGGAGGGACUUGGAGUGGUGUUGGUCAUUCAUGUCCUCUGCACCGUCCAGCACAGAGUCAGGGACCAGAGCAGUAGCCUAGGAUGAGGGAGGCAGCUGCCACAAGCCUGCAUCUCUGCCCCAGACCCGUCAUUAUCCUGUCACCCCACCCAGCACUAGUGCUCAGGUGAUGAGCUUUGAGCCUACACACCCCAGAUGCAAAAGCAAAAACUCCAUAAAGUUGACUUUGCUCUGUUUAUUGGGGUGUGGUCACGGUGGAAGGCAGGCACUCUUGCUUCCUGUUCCCAGCAUGCCCCUAUCUGACCCCAACAUAGACCUCACAUAAAUAAGUAUAAAGAUGGUCAGUAGAAAAGGACUCCUGGGGCCUGGAAGACAGCAUUAGAGCUUCAACUUAGGGAAGAGUGAGGUGCCUGUCUCCAAGCCCACCCUGAUGGGCCAGGAAGCCAGUUAUGGGUACAGAUGAAGAUGGGGGUGUCGCCCACACCUCAGGGUGCUUAGGGUCUUUGGUUUGUACCUGGGCGAGCCCGGAUUCACAGCCAGCAGCCCCCCUGUGCCUCUGACCUAAGCUGGUCGAUUUUCACAGCACGGGUCGGGUGGGAUGAGGGUGCUGCUGAGGAAGGCAGCCGAUCCCCAUGAGGACACCAGCUUCCUGGCCUUGGAAAGCCCUUCCUGCCACUAAAGUUAGCUGGGAAGAAAGAGAUCAAAAAGUCCCAGGAGUAGGAGGCGGAAGGAGGAAGUUCCGAGGCUGCUGGCUGAGGGACGAGGUUGUCAGAUCACAGCAUUGCCUCGGAUGCUCAGCUGUGGCUGUGGUUUUGGUCUGCAGGUCAGCAGAGUUUCCCCAGGUGCAGGGGGGACCGUGCAGGCCUCGGGGAGGGCAGGACAAAGGAGAGAUGUAUCCUGCCCAGCCCCAGGGCAGCACCAGCAGGCCACUCCAAGGUGUCACACCUUUCUCAGGGCCCAUGUCCUUAGCACUCCAGAGACUCUCAGAUGAAGAGAUAGGGCAGAACCCUCCUAGGUGGACAAGACACUCCAGCUUGGUUCAUGCAGGCUGUGCAGUCCUAGGCAGCAGAGGUGGACAGACCCAGUCACUGGCCUUGGGGGCAGUGACUAAAGUCAUUCAUACAGUGACAGGCAGCCUCUGAAUUGUGACUUCAGGAUGAGGUUAAGCUGUGGCCUCCAGGGGGCCAUGCAGAAUCCUUCCAGAUGACCCGGUGACCCCUCUUCAGUCCUUACAACCCCUGUAUCAUGAAAGGGCCAGGUGCUACCUGGCCCCCAAGGCCCUUCAGAUCUUCCACACUGGUCACACUUCUCCCACCUGAGAGGUCAGCUUCCCCCCACUAACCUCAGGCCCCAGCAAACUCGGGGCUUCCCCAGCCAGAAAGGCCCCACCUAAUA